UGUUCAGUGUUCUCACUUUCAUAUGAACAAGUCGUUCUGAUCGAUGGAUCCAGACGCAUUCUUGUUCAAGUGGGACCCACGGGGCGCUCUGCCUCCGCCGCAGCCCAACCGGCUGCUGGAGGCGGUGAUGCCGCCGCAGCCGGCUGCGUACGCAGUGCGGCCGCCGAGGGAGAUGGGAGGGCUGGAGGAGCUGUUCCAGGCGUACGGCGUGAGGUACUACACGGCGGCGAGGAUGGCCGAGAUGGGGUUCACGGUGAACACGCUGCUGGACAUGAAGGAAGACGAGCUGGACGACAUGAUGAACAGCCUGUCCCAGAUUUUCAGGUGGGAGUUGCUCGUGGGGGAGAGGUACGGGAUUAAAGCCGCGGUCAGGGCGGAGAGGAGGCGGUUGGAGGAGGAGGAGUUGCGGCGUCGCCACCUACUGUCCGGUGAUACUACGCAUGCUCUUGACGCACUCUCGCAGGAAGGAUUAUCGGAGGAGCCGGUUCAACAGAUAGAGGCGGCAGGAAGUGGCGGAGGUACCGGUGGAGCACCACCGUGGGAGGUGGUGCCAGCGGCGGGUGGCAAGAAGAAACAACAGCGGCGCAAGAAGGUGCAGGCGAGGAUGGCGUCGUUCGGGGGGCCCGACGACGUCAGGACCCAGGGAGCCAACGAGGACGAGGACGAGGACGACGACAACGGCGGAGGCGGCAGCGAUCACAGGCAGCGGGAGCACCCGUUCAUCGUGACGGAGCCCGGGGAGGUGGCGCGCGGCAAGAAGAACGGCCUCGAUUACCUGUUCCACCUGUACGAGCAGUGCCGCGAUUUCCUGAUCCAGGUCCAGAGCGUUGCCAAGGAGCGCGGUGAAAAAUGCCCCACCAAGGUGACAAACCAGGUGUUCAGGUACGCAAAGAAUGCAGGAGCGAGCUACAUCAACAAGCCCAAGAUGCGGCACUACGUGCACUGCUACGCCCUGCACUGCCUCGACGAGGAGGCGUCCGACGUCCUGAGGCGAGCUUUCAAGGAGAAAGGAGAGAACGUCGGGGCUUGGAGGCAGGCUUGCUACAAGCCUCUCGUGGACAUCGCUGCACAACAAGGGUGGGACAUCGACGCCAUUUUCAACGCGCAUCCCCGGCUAUCCGUGUGGUACGUUCCCACCAAGCUCCGCCAGCUCUGCCACGCCGAGCGCAGUGGCGCCGUGGCAGUGGUUGCUUCUAGUUCCGCGUCGGGUGGGGUUGAGCACCAUCUGCCCUUCUGAAGUUAUAUUGCACUAAUGUUCUAGUGUAGCAUUUCAAGACUCUUGUGCAUGAUCACCGAACGAAUGAGAUAACCUAUUGUGUGGUGUUUUGAUUCUAAUAGGCAACAUCAGUAAUUUUGGGU